AUGCACUCUAUUCCGCCGACUUCGAUUCCCGACACGCAUGAUUCUCCAGAUGUUUCCUCGACGGUGUUGACGACACCGGACCGCAGUGCGUCAUGCAGUCCCUCCCUCGAUGAAAAGAGGAACACGCUUGGGGGUGCACCAAGCAACAAGAUCCUCAACGCAAACUACCAAAGCAGCGACAAGCCCAGUUCCUCUCCGAGGCCCAUUCGCAGCAUUUGCUGCGUAGGCGCUGGAUACGUUGGUGGUCCCACGGCCGCGGUCCUUGCACUCAAGAACCCUUCCAUCAAGGUGACGGUAGUUGAUCGUGAUGAGCGUCGUAUUCGGCGAUGGAACUCGCGACACCUUCCAAUCUAUGAACCGGGCCUGGCGGAAGUCGUGCGAAUUGCUCGCGAUGGGCUUGGAGACACCACGGCGGCUCACGUAGAGGAGGGGGCACGAACUCCCAACCUCUUCUUCUCCGUGGAUGUCUCUCGCUGCAUCAGCGAAGCAGAUGCUGUUUUGAUCGCGGUCAACACGCCCACUAAGAUGCGUGGUACCGGCAAAGGUUGCGCGACUGAUAUGACAAGCUUUGAGGCCGUGGCGGCCGAGGUUGUGCGUCAUGCAAGGGAUGGAACCAUCAUCGUUGAGAAGAGUACUGUUCCUUGCAAGACAGCUCAAAUGAUUCAGGAAAUGAUCCAUAUUCAACGGCCCGGUGCUCAAUUUGAGAUUCUCUCGAAUCCCGAAUUCUUGGCAGCAGGAACUGCUGUGCAAGAUCUCAUACACCCAGAUCGCAUCAUCAUCGGAUCAGCUACGACUCCAGAAGGACAGGCGGCUGCACAGGCCCUCGCGGAGGUGUAUGCGUCGUGGAUCGAGCGGUCCAGAAUCAUCACGACCAACGUGUGGUCGUCCGAGCUGGCCAAACUUGUUGCUAAUUCUAUGCUCGCACAGCGAUUGAGCAGCAUCAACAGCAUUUCUGCCCUGUGCGAGGCAACCGGUGCCGAGAUAAAUGAAGUCUCUCGCGCCAUCGGCGCCGAUACCCGUCUGGGCUCCAAAUUCCUACGUGCUGGUAUCGGCUUCGGUGGCUCGUGCUUCAAGAAAGAUGUGCUUAGCUUGGUCUACCUUGCCGAAUCUCUUGGUCUGUACGAAGUGGGUGCCUACUGGCGCCAGGUCGUGGAGAUGAACGAGUAUCAGCGUGACCGGUUUGCUUCGCGCGUGAUCAAGCGCUUGAACAGCACCCUUGUUACCAAGAAGAUUUGCGUGUUGGGAUACGCUUUCAAGAAGAACACCUCAGAUACACGUGAGGCCCCAGCGCUCGAGAUCAUCAAGACUCUCUUGGAUGAGAACCCGCGGGAAAUUGCCAUUUUCGAUCCCUGCUGUAACCCCAUGGUUAUUGAGGAAGAAGUCCGCGCGUUGCAGAAGUAUGGUCCCCCUCUUCUGAGUGACGAUGGUGGUUGUGUCAAGAUCUACUCGGAUGCGUAUGCAGCCUGCGCUGAUUCCAACGCCAUUCUGCUGGUGACGGAAUUCGACGAGUUCAUGAACUUCCCCGUUCCUGCCAGUCGUCCGGCGGCCAAGGCUAUUUCCUCGGUCCAGGCAGCACUUCCCGACAAGGAGUUGUCCAAGCUACGAUUCAACGAAGAGCCCGGGUGUGCGGCUGAUUGCCCGGACUGUCAGACCGGCACUGGCUAUGGUGACAUCGGCACCAACGACGCCGAUAAUACACCCAAAAAGCAGGUGGACUGGGCGAAGAUUUCCUCUUCCAUGAAGUCUCCCAAGUGGCUCUUUGAUGGACGAUGUGUGAUCGAUGUUCCCAAGAUGGAGGCUUUGGGUAUCAGAGUUGAAGCUAUUGGCUCCUCGGGCUGGAGUGUCUAA